AUGUCCGCCGCGUCUGCACUCCUGGCCUUCGUGCUUGCAGGGGUCGCCACCGCAAGCCCUCUCGCGGCGACGACUUUCCGCGUUCAUGAGCUGCGUCCGGCUGUUCCUUCCGGCUUUACGGAGGUUGGCCCGGCUUCGCCGCAAACGACGCUAAACCUUCGCCUUGCCCUUGCCCAAAACGACCCGGAUGGCCUGGUUGACGCGCUCUACCGUGUCAGCGAUCCCGACAGUGAAUCACAUGGACAGUACCUAUCCAAAGAGGAGGUUGAGAGCUUCGUCGCUCCCAAACCCGACACUGUUUCGACUGUCAACGCAUGGCUCGCGGCUAACAGCCUCACAGCUACAUCCAUUUCCUCCGCAGGCGACUGGCUCAGUGUCGACAUCCCAGUGGCGAAAGCCAACGAGUUGUUCAACACCAACUUUACUCUUUUCAAGCACACCGCAACGGGUGGGGAGACCGUCCGCACCUUAGAAUACUCCCUUCCAGGCUCCCUGCAGGGGCACGUCGACUUGGUCCACCCGACCAUCUCGUUCCCGGUACCCGUUGCGCGGUCUGCGGCGGCUCCCUCCAAGCGGGAACCUACUGCUUUUGUGUCUCCCAAACUGGCUCUGCGUGAUGUAGCGUCCGCGUGCUCCAACGGCACCGUCCCGGCGUGUUUACAAGCGCUCUAUAACAUCCCGCUCACCCCCGCCGUUAACAAGGACCUACAACUCGGUGUUACCGGAUUCUUCGGAAACAACGCACACUAUGCGUGGCUCGAGACCUUCCUUGAGACCUACCGUCCCGACAUGGACCCAGCGACUAACUUCAGCGUGGUUGGGAUCGAUGGCGGUUCAAACGAUCAGGACGUCCCUUCCGUCUCUGAAGGAGAGCUCGACAUCCAGUACACCGUCGGACUGGCUACGGACGUCAACGUGACGUACUACUUCAUCGGGUUCGACAACCAGGACGGAGACUUGGAUGGCUUCCUGGACGAGGCGAAUGUUCUGCUCGGCCUGGACACGCCGCCGCAGGUGCUCACGACUAGCUAUGGCUUCUCGGAAAGCGACCUUUCCUUCUCUCUGGUCGACAAGGUCUGCCAAGCCUACGCGCAGCUCGGUGCCCGCGGAACGACCGUCCUCUUCGCCGCAGGCGACAGCGGCCCUAACUGUGCGCCCGACGGUUCCGACAAGUUCGAGCCCACGUUCCCGUCUGACUGCCCCUUCGUGACCUCCGUGGGCGGGACACAGAGCUUCUCUCCCGAAGCAGCCUGGACAGGCUCGAGCGGCGGCUUCUCCAACUACUACCCGCGCCCCGCCUACCAAGACGCCGCCGUCUCCGCCUACCUCGCCUCCGCAGGCAGCACAAACGCCGCGCGCUGGAACACAAGCGGGCGCGCGUUCCCCGACAUCGCCGCGAAGGCAGACGACAUCGUGAUCUACGAAACUGUGUUCGCGCACCUGCAGGGCACAAGCGCGUCGAGCCCGAUCGUCGCGAGCAUCAUCGCGCUGCUGAACGACCGCCUCGCGAGCGCGGGGCGGCCGCCGAUGGGCUUCUUGAACCCGUGGCUGUACAAGGAGGGGUGGCAGGCGUUCACGGACGUGACGACGGGCGGGAGCUCGGUGCAGUGCUCGGGUGGGGUACCGGUGCACCAGAUUAACGCUACGGAGGGGUGGGACCCGGUUACCGGCUUUGGGACGCCUCAGUUUGACAAGUUGCUCGAGCUCUUGAAUCUGUGA